AUGGGAACUGAAGCCAAAGACCACAAGCGCCAGACGCUGCUGCACUCAAUAGCAGCACUUGCCCGACGUCGUCUCGGGAGCCAAUCCGCGACGACUGCCCGCAGUAGCAGCAGCAGCGAGAGCAGCAGCAACAGCCGUAGCAGCAGCAGCAGCGGUAGCAGUUCCAGUGCCUCAUCUCCAGCUGCAUCGACGACUGGCGGUUUCGACGACGCGCGUGUCUCUUCUGCCAACAUGUCGUCGACAGUGCCGUGUUCCGCCCCACAUGACGAGGCUCCAGUGCACAAGGAGCUGCCGUCUGAGCCCUCUGUCCUCCCUGCCGCCCGUCGACUCCGCAUGGCGCCGUUGCGUCUCUUGGCGUUGACGCGGAGUAUCUUGCAGGCAUCUCUGCGCGUUAUGAACACGUCGGCGGUCGAGAGCGAAGCGGGCGCAGCGGCGGAGACCGAAGGAGCUGUCGAGGCGGCUGCUCGCGCAGUCGAAGAAGAGGACGACGACGGCGCCGAUGGGUUCAGUGCAGACGGCGAGUCUCACGCGCUGGAACGUCCAAGCGACAGCACGGGAGGUCCGCCAGUACGUGCGACAAGCCAAUGUGAAACGACGUCCAGUGACUGCACGAACGACGGGUCCAUCAUGUACGCUGUCGCCCUGCUCCGCAAACUGCAGCAACACGCCUGCGCCAGUGAACGCGGCGAGGCUGAGGUGCAGCGCAAGGAACUUGACCAGAUCUUGCACGGCUUUAUUCGUGCAUUGGAGAGCAUGAGCUUGACGUGGGGCAAGCGAAGCGUCAAGAACACCGUGCAGAAGCUCUUUGACGCACACUCGCACGUGUUUGACGAGAACAUGCAGCACUUCUUCAUCCAACACUUUCUCCAUGAAUCUGAGGGCGCCAAGACGUUCCGCACAGCACUGCAUCGAACGAGCAUGCUUCGCCGCUGUUUGGUAGCCAUGUACCAGUCCGAGUGUGGCGACAGUGCAAAACGCAGCAAGAGCGUCGGCGACGACAAAGGAAUCGCAGCCCGCUGCUGGAGCAAUGUACUGGCACAGAUCCGAAAGCCGGAAGAUCACGCAUACCGCCUGUUUUCGAUCGAAGAAUGCCCGGAAAUCACGAACCCGUCCACCCUGCUUGCUGUUGAGCAGGAGAUCGCCAAGAUUGACGCCUGGGACUUUGACGUCUUUGCGAUCACGGCGGCUGUUCCGGGUCAGGCAUUGUGCAUCGUCGGUAAUGCACUACUAGAGCAGUACGAUUUCUGCUCUCAUUUUAGGACCUCGAAAGCGCGCGUUACAUCGUUCUUGCAGCAUGUCCAGCGCAGGUAUUACGGCCACCCGUACCACAACGCUGAACACGCAGCAGACGUCGCCCAAACGCUGCACCACUUUCUGACCGUAGGAAACUUGGGCAGCUUGCUGACGGAACGCACCAAGUGCACGGCACUAUUAGCUGCCAUUAUACACGAUGUCGGUCAUACAAGUUACAGCAACAAUUUUCAUAUCGCUAUCAACGACGACGUGGCUGCCCGAUACGUGUACAGCUCUCCACUUGAGCACAUGCACUGUGCAUUGGCCUUUCAAUUGAUGAAGAACCCCCGAUGCAACAUUCUUCAGGGUCUGACAAAGACCGAGCAGCGAGAGACUCGCAGCGUGAUCACUGACAUGGUGUUGGCGACCGACAACAGCGUACACUCUGCGUGCUUGGGCAAGCUGGACAACCUCGUGAAAAGAUCGACUCGAGAAGGCUGGAAUCACGCAGACCCGAACGAUGAGCGACUGGUGCUGCAGAUGGCGCUGCACACUGCGGACGUGUCGAAUCCGACCAAGCCGCUGCACAUCUACCUCGUCUGGGCGGACCGCAUCAAACAGGAAUUCUACCAGCAAGGCGACAAGGAGCGCGAGCUAUUGCUGCCCGUGAGUAUUGGCUACGAUCGCAAGCAGCCGAUUCCACUGGAGAAGAUGCAGGCAGGAUUCAUCAUUGGUAUCGUUCGACCGCUCAUUCUCUCGCUGAGUCUGCUGCCCAGUGCGCGAUUGGGUCACUGCGUGGAGCAGCUGGACGCGAACUUGGCGCACUGGCAGCGUCAGAUCUACGCGACGCAGUCGUCGUCGUCACUGGCUGCGGAUGCUUGGGACGAUCAAGCAGACGACGCAGCAGCAGACGACGCAGCAGCAGGCAGAGGUGCCUCUGCCCUUGAGUAG